CCAUUUUCUAUGUCCAGUCCACAGUCUAUAUCCCAACCUGCACAGAGUACAUAAGUUUGUCUCAGCCCUCGCUCUCUGCUGCAUAUUAGGGUUUUUGCGCCGCGCAUCUCUCCUCAACUACCCUCAAUCAUGGCGGAGCAGACAGAGAAGGCAUUUUUGAAGCAGCCUGGUGUUUUUCUAAGUUCAAAGAAGACAGGGAAGGGAAAGAGGCCAGGAAAGGGAGGGAAUCGAUACUUUAAGAGUAUUGGUUUAGGCUUCAAGACUCCUCGUGAGGCUACUGAAGGUACAUACAUUGACAAGAAAUGCCCAUUCACUGGCAAUGUUUCCAUCCGAGGUCGUAUCCUUGCUGGUACAUGCCACAGUGCUAAGAUGAACAGAACCAUCAUUGUUCGACGCAACUACCUACAUUAUGUCAAGAAGUACCAGAGAUAUGAGAAGAGGCACUCUAAUAUUCCUGCUCACAUAUCACCAUGCUUCCGUGUGAAAGAGGGUGAUCAUGUUAUUAUUGGACAGUGCAGGUUAGGACCAUCCUAUUCUGAUUUUGCUACAGUAAUUUUCAUUUUUGCCGUAUAGUCCUAAGAUUAUAAUUGGUACGUAUAAUACCGGAUAACUUUGUCCGCGAACCAAAUGACUCCUUAAUGUUUUUCUCCACUAACUGAGGUUGGUGUUUUCUAGAUUCUUGUUUUUAGUUUUCUUUCCGUCAGAGACUUGUGAUUCUUAUGAACAUACUAGUUUUUAUAAAAUUUUUGAAUUGCCUUACAACCGUAACUACGUCUUUGUGGAAGUGCUUGUACCAUAGCAGUCUUGUUGGAUGAUUAAGAAUUUUUUUGAUGCUAGAAGAGACGGAACUCAAUUGCAGAGCAAUGGGACUGGGAACAUGCACUUCAAAUUACUCAAAUGAGGGCUUAAUAUUGAUCCAACCUGUGUAUUCUGGCAAACACAAAUGGAGUCGAGAUCGUAUAUUUGUAGAAUGUCCAGUUGCUACAACAAUCUAAAAUAUAGUCCUGAAGAGAAGGGGGAUCCAUGAGGCUACCUAAUUGUGUGUGAGCAAGACAAGUUGACCGAUCCAUAAUGAAAGAACCUGUAGAUAGAAGCCAUUUGAUCUACAAGCCAUUUGUUGAUCAUUGGACUCAUCCUCAAUACCGUUUAGGCUCUCCAGUUAAGUCAGUUGUCCGCCACUGGGAACAACAUAUAGGAAUUCAAAGGGGAGGUCAGUUGCUGAUAAGAUUUUUAAACACAUUACACAUCUAUGCAGAAGUCUCUAGAGGAGCUGAGAGCACAUGUAGGGUGCAUAAAUGGCGAAUGUUAGAGCUACUGACACGAUAGCCUGAAGUUAUAGUCUUGGUUGUAUUGAUUCUAGUUCCCUCUCUAGGAUAGAUGACUGUCAGUUUCUUUUCAAUUUUUAUUUGACGUUUGAUUCUGUUAGCUAGAUGUGUUGGCUAAGCUAUAUGGUUUGUAAAUUUUACUUGGUAAUUAAUACAAAAGUUAUUUACUAAUA